AUUUUGGAUUCGGUAUGCUGAACCGAAGUGAUGUUCAGGUCUUAACGAAGAUGAUUAGAAUUAUUUAUCUUGCUGCGACAUUAUUAAUUUUUGAAAAUUCCAUUGUCUCCGGCCAAAUAGCUCCAUACGAUUUUGGCGAAAGCACUAAGGGCGAAAGAGAAGGUGAACUUUCACCUGCUGCGAUAGCUGGUGUAGCUUUUGGAGUUGUUGCUGGUUUUGCUGGAUUGGCUGUCACUAUUCUGUUUUGCUACUAUGUCCAUAGAAAACAAAAACAGUUGGAGCAAAGUUCUUCUUCUUUCUUACAAACUAGAAAUGGAAAGAUGCAGAUAUGAUUUCUUUUUCAUUUCUUUUCACCAAUACUAUGACAUUUGCUCAUUUUUCAUUAUGGUAAUCAAAAUUUAUAAUUAAUUUUAAUAUCAGAAUUAGACUUUCAUAACGCAUAAUAUAUAAUGAAUCGUUUUUUCCAUCCAAUGA